AUGUCAAUGUUGUAUGUCUUAGCAAAAGACAUUUCCCCUCAAUCCUAUAGAAAAGCAAUUCGAUUGAGAUUGAUUCGUACUUACACUGUGACUGAAGGUAGGAACAAAUCUGCUAUCAAGAGUCAAGAAUGUCUUUUCCAUGACAUUGAGGGCACCUAUGUUCAUGCAAGUAUACAUGCUGAUUUUAUAGACCAAUUUUCAAAUCUGUUAAAAGAAGGUAAAGUUUAUGCUGUCAAAAACUUUGUGGCCGUGUCUUACUACUACCAAUAUAAAACUACACAGCAUAAAUACAUGAUGAGGUUUAAUCAAUACACAACUAUUGAGAGACAUAGGAGAAAAGGUUUUCCAAGCCUUUUAUUUCGUAUUAAACCUAUUGAGGACUUAUUGGCUGGAAAAGUUGAAGAGAAACAGUUGAUUGAUGUUAUUGGUAGAGUAGUUGAGUUCUAUUCUCCUAAGGAUAAGGUUAUUGCUGGUUUCCCCACACAGUUGGUUGAUUUUUUGAUUGAAGACUCAAAGGGAAAUCGAAUAAAAUGUACAUUAUGGGAUGAACAUGUACAUGCUGUUAUGCCAUUUUUCAAUAACCAUGUGGAUGGCCAUUUGAUCGUUUUGCUCCAACUUUGUCAUGCCAAGGUGGUUGACAGUGAUGUCAGGAUUUCAAGCUCAUACACUACUACAAAAGUUUUAUUCAAUUUGGAUUGCCAAGAGUUAGCAGAUUUCAGAAAUAGUUUGAAGGCUAAUUGUAGCCCACUCAGAAGUAUUUCAGUGGUGUCUUAUGGUCACAGUGCUAAUAAUUCCCAAUCUCCGAUCCUAUGGUUGUCAGCACAAUACGAGAUUUGUAUGAAAGGGCUGAGGAAGGCUAUUAUUAUGUCCCAGACUAAUUGGGCAGAAGGGAAUGUGAGAUACAAAGUAAUUGUUAGGGUUCUAGACAAAACAAGUGAUGCACCUUUUGUAUUGUGGGACAAAGACUGUUUUGACCUUCUGGGCAUUACUGCCUAUGAUUUGAAAACCAAGUAUUCUAUGGCUAAGAUGCAGGUUCCAGCUGAGUUUGAACAGCUGAUGAACAAAUCUAUGGUGUUUAGAAUCAAUCUCAAGAAUGAACACAUUAGGAACCCAGCAAAGCCCAUAACAGUGUUAAGUGUUAUUCAUAAUGAGGAAUUGGAAGCUCAAUACUGUCCACCCAUGGUGGAUGAUCAUGAUGAAUUAUCUAGGAUGGUUGAAGAAGACACAGAUGACCUAGAAUCUGAUGAAAGCGAAUCAGGUGAUGAGGCUAUUAGUCCUUCAGUGAAAGCUAACUUAAAGCUAAAAGGUGUGGACAAAGCUCAAGAUGAAGUUGACACAGGAGCUACAGGUAGUCCAGAGAACGGUGAAGAUGAAGUUGCGGUUGACGGAAAUGACAAUGACACCCACGCCACCUAUGAUCUGAUCAGCAACUUUGGGAACGCGAUAGUCCUACGCGCUCGAUGUGAUAGUUCUACCAGGUACGCGAGAUCACCGGCACGUCAGACUUCAUUUGUGAUUCCAAAGCUACGGACUCUCAGCCGAUCAGAAGGGUCUCCCAACACCACCACCGCGCACGGCCAGAAACACUUGGCAGAAUCAACCGGAUUCUCCGGCCAAUUCUGUGAUAUCACAGCGGAGCUGAAGGCACCGGCUUCAUACCUCGCUGUGGACGUCGUCACAAUGACCAGCUCUCUCAUCUAA